GUAUUGCGUGUGGCAUGUAUAAGGCAAUGAACAAUUAUGUUGACGUUGAUGGCGUCUCCCACGAUGUGCCAUUUCCGACUUUUGUAUUAUUCGUUUGUACUCCUAUGGCUAUUACGGCAUUUCCGGUUCUUCGGCAUGUCUUAUCCCACAUAGUUGUUUAUAUUUUAAUAUCCCUAGCCACACCAAGUUUAGAUAAUGCAAAUCCAUCAUUAUCGAUAGUUGCCAUGAUUAUAUCGAUCGUCUUGAUAUCUUCGUUAAUUACAAAUUACAUUGGAAUUCAUUACUUUCUUGGAGGGUUCAUUAUUGGGAUGAUACUUUCUCAGGAAGAUUUCGCAUUAUCAAUUGCUGAAAAUAUUAAG